UUUACAAGCACAGUGAGCUCCACAUUCAACUCAAAUGGUGUCUAACAGAGCACUAGGAAAGAAGAGGCUCCCUCCCUCAAAGAGAAAGAAAGAGCGCCCCCUCCAGUCUAUAGAGAUGUAAAGCAAGGAGACGGAUUCCAUGCGCGCACAGCUGCUUCACUGCGGAACGCAACCUUGUCAUGUGACAGAGUCAGCUGACAGAAGGGCUUCAGUGACGUCUUUCUUUCAAAAUCAACAACAAACGCCAGAAGUCCGUUUUGAACUAUCAGAUGAACCGGCUGAAAAAGAACUGACAAUAAAAAACAGUUACUAAACAGAAUCCCGCGUGCUGCCAUGGACAGUGUGAAGAUGGAAUCUGUCCAGAUUGAAGAGGAGUUCCCUGAACUUGAACUUGUCCCCAUUAGAGUGGAGUUCUCUGGGCUGGCUUCCCUCCCCAUUAAACAGGAGCUCUGUGAGAUGCAAUGUGACAGCAGUCAGCCAGAGGUCUCUGAGAUUAAAGCAGAGCACAAUGAAUUGGAGAUCCCCCAGACAGAAGAACCCCUUCCUGUUAAACAAGAAGAGGUGCUGGAAACUGACCGUAUUAAACAGGAGCCCCCUGAAGUAGAGUUUGAGCACAUGGAACCAGUGAAGGAAGAAUCCGAGGACUUCAAACCAAACAUCCCUGAGCAGGAGCCUGUACGCCUACGGGAGUGUAGCGUGGUGCUGGAGAGAAUCUGCGUGAGAGAGCAAGGCGCUGGAGAGGAAGGCUCUCCCAACAGCACGCAAGGAGGUGGAAAGGAAGACGGGCGCUCCCAUUCAGAAUGCAGUCUAGCAGGUUCCAGUCCAGCAGCUAAAGCGAGGGCGGGCGCUGGAGAAUAUCCUGACUGUGGGAAAACUUUCACCCAGUUAGGGCAUUUUAAAACACACCAGCGAACUCACACAGGAGAGAAACCGUAUCGCUGCUCUGACUGUGGGAAGAGUUUCAAUCACUCUGGAAACAUGAAAAAACACCAGCAACUUCACACAGGUGAGAAACCGUUUCACUGCUCUGACUGUGGGAAGAGUUUCAGUCUGUCAGGCAGCCUUGUUUCACACCAGCGAACUCACACAGGAGAGAGACCGUAUCUCUGCUCUGACUGUGGGAAAAGUUUCAGUCAGUCCGGAAACUUGAAAAAACACCAGCGAAUUCACAGAGGAGAGAAACCGUAUCGCUGCUCUGUCUGUGGGAAGAGUUUCAGUCACUCGGGUAACGUGACAGCACACCAGGUAAUUCACACAGGAGAGAAACCGUAUCGUUGCUCAGAUUGUGGGAAGAGUUUCAAUCGGUCAAACAGCCUUACUUCACACCAGCGAAUUCACAGAGGAGAGAAACCGUAUUUCUGCUGUAACUGUGGGAAGAGUUUCAGUCGGUCAGGCAGCCUUGUUUUACACCAGCAAAUUCACAAAGGAGAGAAACCAUAUCGCUGCUCUGACUGUGGGAAGAGUUUCAGUCAGUCCGGAAACCUGAAAAAACACCAGCGAAUUCACACAGGAGAGAAACCGUAUUGCUGCUCUGACUGUGGGAAGAGUUUCCGUUUUAAACACAACCUUCUAUACCACCAGCGAAUUCAUAGCGGAGAGAAACCUUAAAGACUGUGUUCAAUGGGACUUGUCACUCCUGAGGGGGAAAGAAAAACGUUAACCUUGCAUUAGAAUCCCUGUGUAAUUGCUGUUUUGUGUAUCACUGUGACAGAAAUAUAAUGAGUUCUGGUUGUAAAUCUCCCUCUCGACCUGUGAGGGCACUAAGUAGCGAAAGGCUUUGGACAGGUUGUCCUGACAGUUCAUUCCCUGGGUCGAGAGGUCAGUCAGCCUGGAAAAAGUCGAGACUCCGUUGCAGGAACGUAUUGACCUGGAAGGUAAACGAGGUAGCAGCUGCAGGCAAUAGUCAGCUGAAAUCGUUUAGCAAGGGGUCAUGCAUAUCGUAAAUCUUUUCCUUCUCUUGGGUUUCAGAGAUACGAGGAGACUGGAAGGACCGGGAGAUAUCCCCAAAAUAAAAAUAAAGAGUUUGUGAGUGUUUUGUUGGUAUUUUCUGGUUUGUAACCGUCUGUGUUUGUUUCGUUAAAUAGCACUAGACGGCUAAACACAAAUCCGGAGCUGUCGCCAGGGGCCAGCACAAAGCCGGGUCACCACAGCACUUGUUUCACUACUAUAGCACGUAUUAUAUUGUACUUCACCACAAGCACUGAGAGCACUCACUUUGGACCUGUGAUCCUGUGUGUCUAAUUGUGUGUGUUUUGUACCAUGUUUAUUGUUUGCGGAACUGCAAUCCUUUUUCAUUACUGUGCAAUACACAUUGCUGUGUACUGCCAGCUCAUCAGACAAUUGGAUUUCUAAUCAUUAAAACCCUCAUUUCACCCGUACUUUGUUGUCUGUUUGUUAUUGGUAUUACUGCAUCCUCUCUGCACCUGAUAUACACCUGCUACUAAUUACCACUUUGCCACAAUUACUCAUUAGAUAACAUGCAAGCCUCUCACCGUACAAAGCAGAAUAAUCAUACUCACUUUAAAACAGAUCAUUGGUGCAGCAUUACAAUUUCAACCCAUUUCCUUUAACCCAGGACCUUUUACAGCUCAGAAUUUAUAAUCUG